UUCACUGUCAUCGUUGGUAUUGUUUUGGUUAUUGUGUUUUCAAAGUACUUUCAGUCAAAAGUGAUGUUUAGUGCGGGCGCGACCACAACAGUGCCAUCCAAUAUGGGCUCUCCAUUCCUGGCCGACACUCACACGCCUUCAUUGAAAGGACACAGAGCGUUGAACUACAGCCCAACACAACAGCAAACGCCUACCACUUCUACUCCACGGGUCGGACGACCGCUGUAUUCAGUGCCCAAUACAUGAGUGCUUAAGUGCUUAACUACUGUACUAUUGAUGAGAUUUGAGUAAAUUAUAAUUAUAAUAAAUUGUUUAUAUUUAUAUACUUUUUGAUAGCAA